AUGACUACCGACUACUCAUCUACUAUAAAUCAGGUACCUCCAUUGAAUCAUGACUUGUACGUCCAGAAGCCCCGUGAGGAAAAAGACCUUUCUGAGUUGUAUCCUGAUUUAGGUGAAUCGCUGCAACUACCGGUCUUCUUCAUCGGUCUCCUGAAGAACAAUGAAGUCAAAGAAACCUCACUGCUGGUGGGUGGAAACAGUACUGUGGCAUCGAGCGGUAGGCCGAUCUUGAAUUUGAAAGCCCCUGUUUUCAAAAAAAUUCAACCCACGAUUCCCAAUCCCAACAUCAAAUUCAAUAAACAGCUUCUCGACUACGGAUUUCGAGAGCCUUCAAAGAAUAGUGACCGUUGUGGAAGGGAUACGUAUAUAAGACAAUUUGAAAUACCGACGAGCAUAGUGAAGCAAAGCGAUCAAAUCGACCACGAGUCAACGAUUAAACAAUACCUAAAUAAAAGACAGUUAUUAGUGGAGUAUGAUAUGGAUGAACAAGAUACACUUUACCUACAGGAUAGGAACAAACAAACCAAAAAUGUCAUAAAGAUUACCCCGGAAGUGUUUGAAACAAUGAUCAGUACAUUAGAAGAUGAAUGGAGCAAACUUGAACAUCGCAUGAAUAUGUUGACGAAUAAUGAUGGACAAAAUGGUGGACUUGGUCCAAAUGAUAGACUUCUAACCAUGGGUCAUAAUAAUUUGAAAUAUGGGAAUGACGAUGGCAUAGAGCCAGGGUCCAUCUAUGAUCAAAGAUGUGCAGUUUGCAAUGACAGUGAUUGUGAUAACUCAAAUGCUAUUGUGUUCUGUGAUGGCUGUGACAUAGCUGUGCAUCAGGAGUGUUAUGGUGUUGCGUUUAUCCCAGAGGGACAAUGGCUUUGUCGUAAAUGUAUGAUAAACAAAAGCAAGGUUACAGAAUGUGUAUUUUGUCCUAGCACCACGGGGGCUUUUAAGCAAUUAGAUAACAGCUUAUGGGGCCAUGUAAUAUGUGGAUUAUGGAUUAAUGAAUUGUAUUUUGCCAACCCAGUGUACAUGGAACCAAUUGAAGGAAUGGAAUCAAUACCAAAGAGCCGAUGGAAGUUGACGUGUUAUAUUUGUCGACAAAGAGUUGGAGCUUGUAUUCAAUGUACGAAUAGAAGUUGUUUCCAAGCAUAUCAUGUCACUUGUGCCAAGCGAGCUGGUUUGCACAUGGAAAUGACGCAGGGCGUGAAAGGUGCUUUGACUAAUAAGCUUACGCUUAGAUCCUAUUGUGAUAAACAUACGCCACCAUCUGAGCUAGAUAGACUUCCUUCGAUCCUUGAAGGUAUUGAAAAGACGAGACUCUACUAUACGGAUACAAAGCUUUUGAAUCAACAAAAUGCCAAGUUGAGUAGUGAUCAAAAAGUUGCAAACAAACUCAAUAUAUUUAAAUGGAAAACUGAAUCGAAUACACCAAUAGCACCCAAAAUAUUUAGUGAUAAAUUGGUUGAAUUGAUGUAUUCGUUGAAAGUUGAGAAUCAAGUCAACUUGCCCGAAGAGUCAAUGAAUCAAGUAUUGGAAUUGAGUGUUUUACCAAAUCGUACAAAGGAGGAAAUUCGCCUGGAUUUAACGUCUAUAGCAAAUGAAAUAUGCCGAUAUUGGUGCUUGAAACGAGAGUUGAAGAAUGGUGCGCCUUUGGUGCGUAAAAAUAAUGACUUUGGUACGUUGGGGACGGGGUCAGGCAGUGGAUCAACAAUGUCUGGCUCACUAUUGUACGACUUCAACAAUUUAGAACUGAACGGACCAAAUGAAUCACAAAUUAAUGAGAAGAUCAAAUUCGCCAAUGUGUUGGUUCAAGAUUUGAGUAGAUUGAUAUUAAUGAAUGAGUUCAACACACAGCGACAAGUUGUUGCUAAGGAAAUAGAUGACAUGGCGUUUAGUAUUGCUGAUAUGUAUUACUUCCCAUUGAGUCAAGUGAUUAAAUUAUCAAUUGAGAAACUAAAUUCGAAAUACGAUCCUGGUCAUGUGAUUUUAAACUAUGUUCCCAAAACUACCACUAAGGACAUAAACUGUUGUAAGAGCUUGAAAGCAAUGAUGAGGCACAAUGAGCGUAAUGGGUAUGAAAACAUACAACAAUUCAAGAGUGACGUAGAUGUGUUAGCCGCAACUAUAUGGAAAGAAAAUAAACCAAGUUCCAAUGUUUGUAAGAAAAUGAAAGUGUGGAAGAGGGAGUUUGACAAGGAAAUUGCUAGGAUUGCAGUCAACGAUGAUGAAGGAAGCAAUGAGUUGGUUCCAAUGUCGAAACUUUCUGCAAAUGGAUUGGAGGUCACCGCCGAGAAUAUCGGUGAUGAAAAUUUGUCAGGUUAUGUCGAUGAUGGUGGACAGAACACCGGUAUGGUAAACACUCUACUGCUAGAAGAUGUUGAGAUGAGUGAUCUUAGUGAUAUCGAAUACGAUGGUACUAGUGAAGCUCAAUUGCAAGAGUUUUUGAACACUUGA